UUUUGGUAAUGGAAGUGGAAAUCAGAUUGACAAAGGGAAGUCUAAACUUGGGGAGUGUAGUUCUGGUCAUGGGAGUAGAAGUGGUUGUGACAAGGGAAAGGCCAAAUUAGAUGAUUGCUUGUCCAAUGAAGAGGGUGAUCAUCUUUAUAAUCCUCUUAACUCGGAUGAUGAUGAA